GUGGUCUUUCAAUCUCUAUUGUUGUUCUUGCAGUUGGAGAGAAAAAAAAGGACAACCAAUAGCGAUUUUCCUUACUGAGGAUUUUGCAACACUGGUCAUUUCUGCACCAUGGAGCCCACAUUGAAUUCAGACGAGGCUGUUGCUGCAGUCUUGCAGUCUUCCGAAAGCGAAAAAGAUAGCACUAGCAAUGAAGAAGGGGAGGAAUAUCUGCCAGGCAAUGAGGAGCUUUGCAGCUCGUCGGAGGAGGAGAAGGAGGAAGAGACAAAAAUGGAGCUUGACAGUCAGUGGAGAUCGAAAAAUGGGGAAAUCCUGUGGUGUCCCACACACGAAGAGACCCUGCGAUUUUUCCCCGCUUCCAUUUUAACCCCAGGACCAACCCAUUACGCAACUGCUAGGAUCAGCAGCCCCGUGAGUGCUUUUGAUCUUCUUUUUGCGGAGGACCUUAUGCAGCUAAUCCGGCAUUUUACCAACCUGCAGGGGAAGAGGUCGGUAAAACAGUGGAAGGACGUAGGUGAGGAGGAGCUGCGGGCUUACAUGGGGCUGCUGAUCCUCGCUGGCCUAUACAGGUCUCAACAUGAAGCUACAGAAAGCCUGUGGGAUGGGGUGACAGGACGUGUUAUUUUUCCUGCUACAAUGUCACGAAAAAGAUUCCAGCAAAUUAAUCUGGCCCUAAGAUUUGACGAUCAUCUUUCCCGUCCAGGUUGCCGCAGGGAGAAUAAGAUGGGUCCUAUAAAGGAUUUAUGGAGCAAGUGGAGUAGCCGCCUGCCCACAUUUUUUAAUCCAGGGAGGGAAAUAUGUGUGGAUGAACAGCUGGUCCCUUUUAGGGGCCGCUGUUCAUUCAAACAAUAUAUGCGCCUCAAACCUGCAAAAUAUGGGCUAAAGAUCUGGGCCUUAUGCGAUGUGCAGACCUCCUAUGCCUGGAGGCUGCAGAUAUACACAGGGAAGUCUGCAUCAGCAAAGAGGGAGGUUAGUCAAGGAAUGCAGGUGGUGCUUGAUUUGACAGACGGGCUGAAGGGCCACACAGUAACAAUGGACAAUUUUUUUACAUCAUUUCCUCUUGCAGAGGAAUUGAGGAAGAGGAAGAUGGCCCUGGUGGGCACUCUGAGGAUUAACAAACCUGAGCUGCCCCCACAGCUGCUGAACAUUCAACACAGAGAGGUAAUGUCCUCUGUCUUUGCUUUUAGUCGCAACGCUGCUUUGGUAUCCUAUGUGCCAAAGAAAUCAAGAAAUGUUCUCCUGUUGAGCACAAAGCACCGUGAGCCACAAGUCGAGAACUCUGGCAAGAAAAAGCCCCAGAUCAUCCUGGACUAUAACAAGUGCAAAGGGGCUGUGGAUCAUCUAGAUCAGGUUUGUGGCACCUACUCCUGCCGUCGGAGGACACGUAGGUGGCCCAUGUGUCUGCUGUAUCACAUGAUUGAUGUAAGCUGCUACAACGCUUUUGUCCUCUUCACUGCUGUGGACACAGAGUGGAACAAAGGAAAGCGCUAUUGCCGGCGUCUGUUCAUAGAGCAGGUUGGCAGAGCACUCAUCACCCCGACCAUGAUGAACAGAAGCCACCUGCCUAGAACACCGUUUGCAGUCAGCCUGGUCUUACAAGCCCAGGGCAAAGAGCAGCAGGAGCAGCAGGAGAAAGAGGAAGAGCAGCAGGAGGAGGAGGAAGAGCAGCAGGAGGAGGAGUGGGAGUCACCUUCCAAAAAGCGGAAGCAGUGCGCAUCGUGCAAACAGCGCAAAAGGAUCAUAACCAACUGCUGCAAAUGUGGUGCCCCUGCCUGCAAAAUCCAUCUGAAAACACUUUGUGGUUCAUGUUAUAAAAUGUAAAUUACAUCUUUGUUCAGUUUGUUGAGUUUAUUCAGCUCAGUUCAGUUUGUUUUUGCAAAAAAUUGUCAUUGUUCCAAAAAUAAUAAUGCAUCCAAAUCAAUGUUGUUAUCAAUUACUGACCUAUUCAAGGCUGUAAUAACCUCAUGCCAAAUAUUUUGAUUUGCAACUAAUUUUUGGAAAACAUUACAGAUUGUGGGUUUUUCCCAUUAAAAACCAGGGGUCUUUAUGACAAUAAGGGCAUUAAAAACAUUUAAAAAAAUGAAAAACUUUAUACAUAUGGUUAGGUCUGAAGUUGUUGAAAAGAUCUGAUGUGAAAAUUUUUUAUAUAUGACAUCGUAACACUUUUGUGAGCGCAAUCAUGUGGGGUCCCGAGGGCAAAAGUGAUCUUUUUUUUAAAAACUGAUUGCUCCAAAAAUAAUAAUGCAUCUAAAUCAAUGUUGUUAUCAAUUAUUGACCUAUUCAAGGCUGCAAUAAACUCAUGGCAAAUAUU